AUGGACUAUGGCAUACCCUUUUUGGAAAGAUGGCUCAGCAUCAUUAACGACAAAACUGGAAAAAUUUUGACCCGACUUCGGCGCAAGGAAUUUCAAUUGUCGUUGCAAAAAAGAUUCCGAGAAAUUGAAUUACCUCCCCUCUAUUUGGUGGACAGAGAAGUAAUUGUUGCCGCCGAUACUUCAUUGGACUCAAUCAACACAUGGUCUACAGACAGGAAACUAAUACACCACGCACCUUUUGGAUCAAAACCUUUGCAAUAUAUGUGCUUCGUUGGAGAAAAAGUUAAAGAAUUAAUAAUAAUCACCAAAUCAGAUGAAACAACGGCACGAGCGAUUGACAGAACCUUGGAAUUCUUCGCAGAUAUGGAAUUGAACAUUCGGACUACUCUAAGUCUGGCCGAAUCAAGCAACAAAAAUAAACAAAUAAAAAUGGCAACACAAUUCCACAAUUUGGCCGAAACUUAUGGCACUGGAUUUUACAAAUGGAACGGCAGUGCAAAAGAAUUAAAGAAGAUCAAAGAAAAAUCAGAGGAAACUAAAACUACACAGCAAAAUAAAGAAGUAAUAAUUAUUCACAAACAAAAUUCUAAUCCUCUGAAAAAUAUACCUUGUGUGCUUCAUCGGAAAGGAAAAUCUCCACCUCCACGAAAACCUCAACAAUCCAUGGAAAAACUGCGAAAAAACUUCAUGACACUGCCAACCCGAGCAUAUGGAACAUAUUACAUGGCAUUGAUACUAUUAUGCUCGAUCGUGUCAACUUUUACACAACCAAUUGGCAGUCCUCUGUUAAUCCCAAUCCAAAAAAGAAGUGAAUUUUCUACUCCAACGCAACUAAUGGAAUUUAAUGACAACAGAACGCCAAAAAGAAUUCAUGUAACGGCAUCACCUCGCCUAAAGGAAAAAUUUAAAGAAAUUAAUAAAAUGGCUUCAACGACAACGACUCCGAUACCACCAAAGCCUGUCAAAUUAAAAUGGUUAAUUGAGAAGCAGUCAACACUUUUAAAACCAACUUCUCCAAUCGAAAAAUUACCCGAAGUAAGUCAAAUUAAAAUUGAAAAACAAAGGGCAUUCGACACCUAUGUACAACACAAUAAACCAAACACGAUCCCGGCAAAUAUUCCGGCUCCUACAAUUGUUCAAAAACGGGAAAGUGUUCCAAACAACGAUUUACCAGCUUUUUGGUGCGCUCAUGCUCCAAGCUCUCUUUGGACUAUACCUGACCAAAGCAAAUCUCCUUACUGUCAUCCUUUGACUAGAAACAAAAAAUGGAAAGACAUGAGGAUCAGUCUAUUCUCUCAUGCUCAACACACCAAGGAAUUAAUAGCCCACCACUGUUCUGUAAAGAAUGUUGAUGAGGUCUAUUACACUAAUCUUCUGGGUGACAGAUUUCUGCAGAUGGAACGAAUAAUGCUUUCAAUUUCAAAGGAAGACUGCUCAAUCAUGGCCCAGCAACAUUUAUGUCCAUCUACAAAAGAGACAAUGCAAAAAAUUGACAACAAUUCAUGGUCCACUCAACAAGUAAUCAAUAUGGAAUUUCCCGGCAGAUUCCAAAGCUUAUUUUCUGGUGAACAAAAGGCCACAGCAAUCAACUGUUUGAAGGAAGUUGCACAAUGUACGACAACACAACAAUAAUUUGGGAAACGGAUUGUCCAGCUCACCAAUGUCGUAAAUGCAAGCACCAAUACACUGAACAAAUGGAUGGACUCUACAAAAUUGAACCAACAAGAAUAAUCUGGCUCAGCAAAUCGAAGGAACAAGCUCUAACAUUUGAAAAAGAAAAUGCCCCGAACGAAUUUUCAUGCCAUGGUGAAGCAAUCACUCUUUCCGAACAAGGAUUUGGCAUACUCACAAAGGAAUAUAAAAGAAUGUUUUUG